AUGCAUUACUGGGUGUUCUGGUUCUUGCUCUUGCAAAGCAUUCUUGAGUACCCACAGCCCGUGGAUGAUGUUCUGGAUCUGGUGACGCAAGUGCGCAUGGAGGCACGUGCGCUGCGCCUGGAACUGGAGAGGAUUCGGCUGGAGCAGGAGGCGGAGCAGCUCAUCCUGAAGCAGGGCUGGCAGGUCCUCAUUGUUGGUUGGCUCCUGCUCCUUAUCUUGUUCCUACUGUUUAUCGAGAGGGAAAGGAGCCGGAGGAGAGAGGAGAAUGAAGAAGGAAACGUGGAUGCAAAUGGGGAAGAUGAUGUUGGAAAUGAAGAAGAUCAUCAUGCUCAAGAUAACAUAGGAAGGACGCUAAUGGAGCGCAUCCAGUGGCCUGUACAGGACCUGCAGAGAGGCUGCGAGUGGACGAUGGACCUGAUGGACAAUUUCACAAUUUACUUUGGACACAUCUUGACCAACAGUUUCUACCCGGUGCUGCAACGAGCCAUCGGGGUGGGCAGUGCCUUUGAAGGCUGGAGUCCCCGUGAGCAGGAUGUUGUGUACUGCCUGCUCAUCCCCAUGACUCCUCCUCGAGGACACACCUUCCACCUGGAGCAGGACACUGCAGGGCAGAGGCACGGGAGGAACUUCCGUGUCCGCGUGCAGCUGGAGUGCACCUGCAGCAGGGAGCAGCAGGGCGAGAGCAUGCUGUGCUUCCUGCACCACCCGGAGGAGGAGCUGAGGAGCAAUCAGGAUCGCAGCCUCCUAGACACCCUGUGCAGGGGCUCCUACCUCGAUGUGCACAAAACGGCCCGCUGGUUCUACCAGCUGGUGAGGGCCAUCUGGCCAGCUUUGCCUCAGUCACACACCUGGCAUUUAGUGCUUCUGCCCUCCAGACGCUCCUGCCAAUUCAAGGUGACCAACGGCGCAGAAAGCUUCCGCAUUGAGGUGCUGUUCGGGGUGCGGCAAGGUGCCUCAGACAUCUUUGUGAGCAGCCAGCCGAGAGGUGCCGGAACGCCAAGGACAACGUGGCCUGAGACCUACGCCGUGGCAGAGAUGAAGUUCUUCAAGUACAUUGCCAGGCAGGCCCCCCCUGACAGCUUGCACCUCAGAUGCCUGCAGUUCUUCAGCCAUGUUCAGCUGGGCAUAGGCUUUCCCACCUAUACCAUCAAGACCAUUGUCAUGCACCUCCUGAACACCAGAGCCGUGUCACGGUGGCGCAGGAGACAUUUCCUGAGCAGACUGAUAGAUAUCAACAGGAGCCUACGCUUAUCCCUGGUACAGAAACACCUCAACCACUUCAUUGUGGGCAACCAGAGGCUUCCUGAGGAGAUCAGUUUGCCCCCAGAUGUUCAAAUGGCUGAGCCACCCAACCUCUUCCAUUGCCUGGUGAUGGAUCCGGGUGCCUGCUCCCAGGCCAUAGGGGAGUACCUGGAUCUGCAGCGUCGCAUCACAGCAAUCCUUAACCCCGGCCACUGA